AUGAGUAAAAUUAAUCAAGAGCAAAAAAUUGAAAAUGAACACCAAAGAGAACCACUUAUUCAAAAGUCACUGGAAAACUUAGACUUUCCAUAUGCUGACGAUGAAACCGCCGAUAGUGUGUCUAAAACGUCAACACAUAAUGGACGUAAGGCCUCUUUAAGCGAAAGAAGAAAUGUUGAUCUUUCAAUUUUGAUAAACAUAGAUGAAGAUGAGAAAAAAAAUGGAAGUCGGGAAAGCAUACACAAUUCUGCAGAGAACAUAAGAUUACUGGACGGCGCACACGAGCAGGAUUCAAGCAUAAGUAGUUAUUGCAGUGGUUGUAUAACACCUGAAGUCAUCAUUAAUACAAAUAAUAUUGGAAGGAAUCUACGCAGAAACUCAAUUUCAAUGCCAUCGGGUAUAAAUGCGCUGGAAAUCGAAGCAAUACGUUUGAAAUGUCAAAUGCAAGAACAAGAACCAUUAACGGAAGAAGAGAAAACCGAUAGCCGUUCUGAAAGUGCUCACGAUGAUGCCUCAGGAUCAAACACACCGAGUAUAGUCGAGAAAAAAGUUAUCAAAAUUCAGUGUGAAGAUGAUGAUAGUGAAGAUGAGUAUGGAAAUCCAAAAAAGCCAAUAUAUAGAUUUGAACCAAUUUAUUUAUGUGUAUCAAUAUAUAACAAAUAUAAAUCUGCAUAUACUUCACGAGUAAAUAUGUGA